AUGCCUUCGGCUCAAGCAACCAAAAAACGAAAACCUCAGGAUUCUCGAGAGGGUGAACCGUCGGCUUUACCAAAGAAAAAAGCUAAACGCGACCCUCAUAUUUCGAAUGUAUCCGGUCACGUUAAAAACGAUAAAAGCAAGGGAAAGGGAAAGGAAGGAAAGGGGAAAGGCAAAGAAACGGCUUUCCAAGUCGUUCAAUCUUCCUUGGUCGUCUCUGUCUCUCCUGUAUUUGCUAGCAAUCCUAGAACUGGAGUAGAAGAGAUGUUGGAUUCUAUGAUUAUGCGAUACAUCCCUGCGCUUGACGGGGUAGUGCUUUCACAUUCGAAUUUGACGUUCAAGGAAGAUACAGCAGCUAUCCAAGCCGAUAGUCCGUUCUUGAUUUGCAAGAUUAUUUUUGACGCUACUGUCUGGAGACCGCUUGUUGGUAUGCAACUUGUCGGCAAAAUCAGCUUAUGUUCCCCCGACCAUAUAUCAUUACUCGUUCACAAAACAUUCAACGUAUCGAUACCUCGACAUCAUAUACCUACGCAAGAAUGGGAGUUCGAAUAUGGUGCGGCGGAGAAUGAUCCGGAGUUCGGUGUGGGUGCGGGCGUUGAGGGAAUGGGAACGGGAUCGGAGUUGGAUGAUGGAGAGGGAAAUGGGAGAUGGAUACAUAAGGUCACAGCAUCUUCAAUAGGCGGAGAGGAUGGGUAUUUAGAAUUUACUGUCAUCGGUUUGACAGUCGCGAAUGAAAUGCUCUCCCUUAUAGGCUCAUUACAGCGUGAUCCCUUUUCGUCUGUACAUAUUCCCUCAAAUAGCACACAGAAUCAUAGAGAAGUAGAAGAAGAACAGGAGGAGCAAGACGUGGUAGACGGAUUCUUGAAUGGGAUGGACGAAGAUCACGAGGGCAGCGAUGAAGAUAUCGAGAGUGACCAAGAUGGGUUUGAGGCGCUGAAUCGAAAGCAGAACGAUGUGAACGCUGAGCGGUCUUGGCAGACGGCUACGGAAAGGGAGAAGGGGGAAGAGGAGAAGCAGAAAAAGAAGAAAAAAAGGAAAGCUGAGGUGGUCAAUGUGGAAGAGAGCCAGAAAUCGGGGAAAAAGAAGAAGAAAACUGGGAAAUCGGACCUAUAG